AUGGCAACUUUAGAAAGUAUUCGUUAUUCGCGAAACCCUCUGAAAUUAGAAAUUCUUAACCAAAUUUUGCUUCCACACCAAACAUUAUAUGAAGCAGCAUACACAAUUCAAGAUGGUUAUUCAGCGAUAAAACAAAUGAAAGUGCGCGGUGCACCUGCUAUAGCUAUUGUCGCUGCCUUAUCUUUGGCGGUAGAGCUACAACGUCGUCGUCCCAGCAACACGAAUGGCAAUACCAAUAGCAAUUCAGGAGAAGAUGAAAAUACCAAUGAUCAUGCAUUUAAAGACGUAGAAUCUGUUGUAAAAUUCAUCUUCGAUUCUUUAAACUAUCUAAAAACUUCACGACCCACUGCUGUAAAUUUGUUUCGCGCAGCUGACGAUAUAUGGAAAAUUACAAAAGGGUUAUCAACGAUCGCCGAAGAUCCGAACGUAAUAAUUGAUGAGGUAGUUAAAGCAGCCGAGGGAUUAUAUAUCGAGGACAUACAGAAUAAUAAAGAUCUCGGUGAUUUUGGUGCUGAAUAUAUUAUAAAUCACUCCAAGGAACGACAAAAGAAUAAAAAAGUUCAAGUCCUGACGCAUUGUAACACUGGUUCAUUGGCAACCGGAGGUUAUGGCACUGCUUUAGGGAUUAUUCGUUCAUUACAUUCGAAGCAGCAACUCUCACAUGCAUAUUGCACAGAAACUCGACCAUAUAAUCAAGGAUCUAGAUUAACAGCUUAUGAAUUAUUACAUGAAAAAAUUCCUAGCACAUUAAUUUUAGCAAUUAUCGUAGGAGCUGAUAGGGUAGCAAGCAAUGGUGAUACGGCAAACAAAAUUGGGACAUUGCAAUUAGCGAUUACAGCAAAAUAUUAUGGAAUAAUGUUUAUUGUAGCUGCACCUUCCAGCAGCAUUGAUCUUAAUAUAAAAAGUGGAAAUGAGAUUAUUAUUGAAGAAAGAGCACAAGAAGAAGUUACAUUUGUUGGUGGAGUUGAUGUUUUAUCUGGUGAGAUGACUAAAGUUAAAAUUGCUCCAGAAAAAGUUCAUGUCUGGAACCCCUCUUUUGAUGUGACACCCGCGGCAUUGAUUACUGCAAUUGUGACCGAAAAAGGAGUUGCUGAAAAAGUUGACGGCAAAGAUGAAUUUGAUUUGGUUGGAUUUUUAGUAGAUAAGGGAACGUGA